ACAAAAGGCGCACAGCUGGCCGCCGCAACUUGUGUGGCUUUUCGCAAUUCCACAGACGCGAGUCGUUAGGAGGUGGCCCCACGUCCUUUGCGGAAUAAACCAUCGGCGCGGUCGGCUCGAGCGAGCGAGCGAGGGGGGGGUGGCCCGCACCAAAGCGAGCAUUCUCCUUCGGCAAAAAAAAAAAAACUCGCACGGGAUUUUUUGUUUUGUUUUGCACCGCCGCUCGCCGUUCAAUAGGCCACUCAAGGGCAUCCGUCAGCGCGCGUUGCGGGGGGAGACGUCGUCGAGGCAGGCAGAUCGGUUUUGUGCGGCAGUUGCCCACGCGUUACGAGCACGGUGUUACCGCAAUUUCACCGGGAUGCGUGUGACGCACGGCCAAGGUGUGAGGCUACAGUGGCACUUGUAGAGCUCCGUCGUCUGGAGAGAGCGUCCUGUGAAGUCCGCUGUUGCCAGUGUGGCCCCAGUGAGCUCGUAGCUGAAUUCUAAUGACCCUUAUUGUUUUGCAAAUUUACGUCCAUAAAAAAAAGCCACACACAUUAAAAAAAAAAUCAAGGGAAGAAUGGAGAGUCAAAGUGCAUUAAUUACUCAACGUGUCCGUAAGGGUUGGCCAGCUAUUAUCUAGGGUUUCUAUAAUGCCACUCGCUAAUAUAUCGACGCACGCCCCCAAUUGUUCCCUGCGAGAGUUCCUCGCAACGCUUUGCCAAUUGACGGGUUCAUAAUGAAGCCGCGAGUGAACGUGUACAUGAAUGUGCUGCAUGGGUUAGUUGUCUGUGUUGGCCUGCGCAGCUUUUGACAGGCGCUCUCAGCGCGCGCACGACGCCUGGCUCACUCACAUGCUGGCCUUUGCUCCCGGCCAAAUGCAACGCGGUGCGCAAUUCGAAUAAGAGAAAAAAAACUAAUCUGCAGCACUUCGUGCCUCCGUGCGCAGUAUCUUUAUUCCAGUAAGCCCAUGGGAUGGGUUUGGUAACUGACGGUGCUGUGAAUGAACGGCCGACUCAGCAAAAUGAAAGUUCCAGUCCGAAGUUCCCCUCGGCUGCUCAUGCUGCAGGUGACUGUGGCCGUGCCGCUGUGGAUCAGCUGCUUCUUAUGCUGCUGUGGAGGCACUGGAGAAUCGGUGAGGCUGGAGAAUAAAAUGCUGGAACGACAUCAGACUGACGUGGUCACUCCUGUCUUGGUGCAUUUUCAGCCCAGUUCAACUGGAGAAAAGCCUCCUCGACCGGGUGCCAGUGUUGGCCCGCAGAAGGGCAUUCGCCCCGAUGCGAAAACCAUCCAGGGCCAUGCUGCAGCCACCUCCUCCUCCAAAGUCUCCGCGCACGAAAAUUACUCGGCUUCGGCUCCAGCAGCCCGCCCCGGAUCCGACCCGUCGAGUUCCUUCCAAAGUGCAGCCCGUUGGGCCAGGGGCUCCCCGUCGCCGCCGGGGGAGAGGCUGCGCGUGCGGCUCUCCCCGUUCGGGAGGAGCAUGGUGCUCAUGCUGCGACGGGAUGCCCGCUUCCUCGCCAAGGGAUUCUCGAUCGAGGCCCGUGACCCCGCUUCCGUCGAAGGCUCGCCGCCCGGGAGCCACCGGACUCCGCGGAGCUCGGAUGGCGCCGGGGAUGCUGCCGGAGCGCCGGCUCCGACCGACGCCGGGGAAGAGGGGCGCGGCGCUCCCGCGAAGAACGCACACGGCGACGGAGAUUUGAAGGGGCCGUCGAGGGACGGCGGAUCCGUGGCCAAAAACAACUCGGGCGUCGGAGAUGUCCAAAACACAUUGACGGAGGAGGAGAAGCUGUGCUUUUACAGUGGGUUCGUGCAUGGGCAGCGCAACUCCGCCGUGACAUUGAAUAUGUGUAACGGCCUGCUGGGAUUCAUCCGUUUUGGAGAAGAGCAACUGUUUAUUGAACCCCUCGCUGGAGCAGCUGCCCCUGCUUCGCUGGGCCUCCCCCAUCUGGUGAGCAGGAGGUCUGGCCUGCACGUCAAGUCCAGUCACGACCCACAGCCUGCCACGCCGGAGGCGCGGGCUGGCUCUGGGCGAGCACGGCGAUCGAUGAAGCUCCAAUCCUGGCCUCGCCGCCUGUCCUCCAGCAAAUACUGCAAGAUCAUCCCAAGCGAGAAGGUGGAGAGGGGGGCCAGGCAGGAGGAGGGCCCGCGCGGCCGACGGAACGCCAUCCGGCCCCCGGCCCGCGAGUACGCUGUCGAGACGCUGGUGGUGGCGGCGAGGGACGUGGUGGAAGAGCACGGCACUGAGGGCAGCACCAAGCUGCUGCUCACCGUCAUGAGCAUGGUGUACAACAUCUUCCAGCACUCCAGCCUGGCCAUCCCUAUCCACGUGCGCCUGGCCCGACUGGUCCUGCUUCAUGAGCACCCGGAGAGUUUGUACGUGGGCCACCAUGGAGAAAGGACUCUGCAGAGCUUUUGCCGCUGGCAGAACAGCGAGAUGGGCCACGGGGCAUCGUCCCAGGCUCCCCCCCUUGACGCCGCGAUCUUCGUGACUAGGACAGAUUUCUGUGUGCACACGGACGAACCUUGUGACACUGUCGGCAUCGCCUUCCUCGGCGGGAUGUGCAGCGACCUGAGGAAAUGCGUCAUCGCCGAGGAGAACGGUCUGGGCCUGGCGUUCACCAUCGCGCACGAGCUCGGGCACAACAUGGGCAUGGGGCACGACGACGACGACGGCGGCGGCGGCGGCGGCAACUCGGCGUGCGGCCUGGGGCCCAGCAUCAUGGCAGGCGAGUGGGUGCGCGGGAGCAACAGCAGCGAGCUCAGCUGGUCGCCCUGCAGCCGCUUGGAGCUCCAGCAGUUCCUCAGAUCUCCUGCCAGUGCCUGCAUGACUGAGACGGAGCAGCAGCCGGGACAGACGGACGUCACCCACGUCCGUCCGCAAAGCAUUCAGUCGUGUGCGGCGGGCAAGUGCCUAAACCAGAGCGAGGGUGAGAACAAACCCAAGGAGCCGCCCCGUUCUCCCCCGACCGAGGAAGCUACACGGGGACAGCCGGGUCCAGCCGAGGAGAAAUCCCAGACUCCUCCGCAGCCCCCGGCAGCCAGAGACCAGGCCAAGGCAGAGCAACCGGCAGACAAUGGCCUCCUACAAACAGGAGCUCGGGGCUCGGGCGCAGACGUGGCAGGUGGUGUCGUGGAGCCGCCCAGGGAUGCUCGGGGCGAGUGCGGGGGUCAGAGGAGUGUGGAACCGUGGGCCGAGCCCCGCGACGGGGCGUGGGGCCCCUGGGGAGGCUGGAGCGCCUGCAAUCAGCCCUGCGGGCCCGGCCUGCGUUACCGGCAGCGGCGCUGCGACCUCCCGCCGCCUCGGCCCGGCGGAGCGGAGUGCCGCGGCGGCGACGUGCAACACGGCGUGUGCCAGCUCAUCUCCUGCGCCGAGGAGACCCCCGCGUCCCGCGACCGCCAGUGCCAGGUCCUGCACUGGGGCGGCCCUCCCGCGCCGCGGCCACGCCGAUGGUCCUCCGUCACUGACCCCGAGCGGCCGUGUGCCCUGUUGUGCACGGCCGGGCGCAAGGAGGGCGCCACGCUGGCGGCCGAGUCCGUGCAGGACGGCACGCCGUGUGGACCCUACGAGCGUGACGUGUGCCUCGGCCGCAGGUGCCAGAAGGUGGGAUGCGAUGGCAUCGUGGGAUCGCCGGUCAGGGAGGAUCGCUGCGGCAUGUGCGAUGGCGACGGGAAGUCCUGCAAGGUGGUCAAGGGGGACUUCAACCACACGCGGGGCACAGCCAGCAGCCAUUGCAAGAAAGUUUCCAUCUGCAGCCUGUCCAAGGCCAAGCUCCCCACCAAGUGUUACUUUUGUUACGUGAAGGCGCUGACGAUUCCUGCCGGUGCUCGCCGGAUCCGUGUGGUUGAACACAAGCCAGCGCACAGCUACCUGGCUGUGAACGACUCAAGCCAGAACUCCAUUAACAGCGAGUGGAAAGUGGAGAGGCCCGGAGAUUACAGCGUCGCAGGGAGCACGGUCCGCUACGUGCGCCGAGGCAUCUGGGAAAAGAUGACCGUCAAGGGCCCCUUGAAGCAGCCCCUCAACGUCAUGGUGCUGCUCUUCCAUGACCACAACGUUGGAAUCCACUACGAGUUCACGGUGCCGGUGAACAGGAGCGCGCGGCACGGCGAGCGGCCGCGGACGCCCCUCUACAUGUGGACGCACGUCGGCUGGGAGAACUGCAGCGUGCAGUGCGGAGGAGGCGAGGUGCGGAGCAUUUUGGGCUGCACCAAGAUCGUCAACAGGUCCCAGAGCUGCGUGCCGGACGAGGACUGCCGGAACGUGAGCCGGCCCCCGCUGCAGAACCGCCACUGCAACAGUCACCCCUGCCCAAACAGGUGGAAGGUGUCCGAGUGGUCGCCCUGCUCGCGCACCUGCGGGAAGGGCCUCCAGACGCGCUCCGUCUCGUGCCACUUGCACCUGCCCGGCGGUGGCUCGGUGCGCACGCGUGACGGCCGCUGUCCCAAGCCGCGGCCGCCCUCGUCCCAGGGCUGCCAGGGGCACGACUGUCUAGGGGUGUGGCAGGCCACCAGUUGGUCCCAGUGCUCGUCGCGUUGCGGGAAGGGCACGCGCGUGCGGACCGCGCAGUGCACGAGCCCGCACGGGCGCUGCCUCGCCACCAGCCGCCCCCGCGAACAGGACGGCUGCGAGGACUACUCCCAGUGCUACGAGUGGAAGACCGGCGACUGGUCAAAGUGCUCGACGAGCUGCGGCCGGGGGCUGCAGUCGCGCGUGGUGCACUGCAUGCACCGUGUGUCGGGCCGCCACGGCAGCGGCUGCGAGGCCGACGGCAAGCCCGUCACGUACCGGGAGUGCGGCGUCGGCGAGUGCGACAGGACCUUCGACGCCAACACCAUCACCUCCCCGCGCCUCGUUGCGCUGACGUACAAGUGCCUGGGGGACCAGUGGUCCGUGUACUGCCGCCUGGUGCGGGAGCGCCAGCUGUGCCGCGACCUGCGCUGGUACCAGCGGUGCUGCGAGACCUGCAGGGACUUCUACGCGGCCGCGCUGCUUGCCUCGGCCCCGCCCGGACAGCCCUUGCUCUUCCCCGCCGCUCGGCCGUCGGGCAGCUAACAAGCGCCGGGGGCGGCCACCAUUGGGCGACCUUCCCCCCCCACCCCCCCCACCAUCCACCCCCCCCCCCCCCACACCGAACUUCACCGACCCGACUCCACUCACAACGCCGGUGCCUUCGUGGCCCUCGCACCCCAAUAGUCGGCGGAGGGUCAAGCGUUCAGAUUUUUGUUCGGUUCUACGUGCCGAGAUCCGCUCUGGGUUCAGAGGAGGACUUGUGAUUGUUGUUGUUGUUGUUCUUGUUGUUGUUGCUGCUGCUGCUGUCGUCAUCAUCAGGAAGAAUAAGAGCACACUUGAGUUUGUUAUUCUAAGAGCUGCGACAAUGAGUUUUGUGUAAACGGAAUUUUUUUUUAUUGUGACUCUGCAGGGUGCGAUGGUGAUAAGUUACCAACGGCUCGUUAUUUACUGGUGCUCAAAGCGGACGUGUUGGCGUCAAACACUUGUCACCUCCAAGCAGCCAAGCAGCCAAAUCCGAGUAGCAACUACCUCUUAACAGUACACCUCAUAGUCUGUUUGCCUGAGGCAUUGUCAACGUUCGUUUUUUAUAUAUAUAAAAAAAAUCAAAUGUAAACUCCGGUUUACAAAUUCACUCUGUUAAACUCUGCUAAUAUGACAAUGGGGAAACGCUGGUUAUGAUUGUUUUUUUUUAAUCAUCAAAAUUCCUGUUCAAAUAGGAAGUUAUUGCUGCUUAAACACUUGAAUGAACCUUCAUCAUUGACCGUGUGGGAAAGUGAGUCAACAUCUGUUGCUGCAUUUCCUGUUUGAGUCCAAAUACUUUACAACAAGCUCAGAUGGAAAUAUGUUGUAGAGUAUGGUUGCUGAAUAUAUUUUCGUGGUUGCUGAAUAUAAUAGUUAUAUAUAUAUAACGAAUAACAAUUGUGUACUUAAAGUGUGUUCUUGACAACGGUAACUUUUGACCACAAAGGCAACGACUUGUAAUGUGUCAAUGCCUCGCCUCGUCUCAUUACUUCGUGGCUUGAGUCUCGCUAUGAUGCAAAUAACGUCCCACAAGUGAUUCGGCUAGACAAGCGAUCUCUUCAUCGAAAUUAGUUUGUGCUGUGUCUUAUGCGUUUCGACGAUGCUUUAUGGACAGAGAGACGUACGGCAUCACAGACCCAUUAACGUUUCGCUCAACUCUCUGGGGUUGAACCCUUUCACGCUUGUGAGAUCGAGGCCCAGUGCAUGUAUGCCUACGUCAGUAAAUUGUGCUCUCUCUUGGAACGGGCAGAUGGUAAUGCAUCUCUAUUCCAGUCUCCCCACUUUCUUAAGUUUUCUUCUGUGUUGAGGACACCGCAUUUUACGCGAUUGUAAAUUGUUGUUCUUCUUACCCUCUCUCUCGGCACCCAUCUCUUCUUUUCCUCUGUGCGAAGUGGGGUGGAACGAUCCAUUUAUUCAUCGAUUAAUGUCAUUGAUAAAAUUUCGAUUAAUGUCAUUGAUACCUAAGCUCAUGGUAACACGUUCAAUCACGUGCAUGAGUCUGUUUUUCAAUUUGUAUAUGGUGUAUGCAAAGCGUCCAACAUGACCCCUGCAGCCACUAGGCGGUGCGACCAUUCACAAUGUAAAAAUAAAAAAAAGAUUGGUUCUUAAUCGGACCACAAUCCCGAAAUGGGACACUUCGUUUUACGUCGACGAUUCGCUCAACAAACGCAAAGAGAACACGCAGCCAAAUCAGGACAUGGAGGUGACAACAUCCAAACCUUGAAUCGGCUGCACACCAACCUUUCCCAUCGUGGUGAAGCCAAGACGGGAUAAUAUUAGUGCUACGUUGUGUACGGCACAUAUCUGCCCAUUUUCCAUAAACGCAAUGAAGUGAACUGGUGCUUGCUCUUAUAGGUGUAAUGUAUUCACGUUUAUAAAGGCAUACAGACGUGUCCAAGCACAUGCUGCUCUUUCGUUGGGGAGGAAUGGUGCUAAAUUAAACUUGCACUGAAUUAUAGAAGCAGCUUUUUUUAAUGACAUUGCAUUGGGUGUUUUAAAUGAAAACAUUAACAGCUUAAAAAGAAAAACACGUGUAUUUUAUAAUGUAAAUAAAAUAAAGGAAAUUGCCGGUGGUGGUGUACAAGUACAAAUUAACACAUCUCAUCGCUUUGCUGAGUUUUCUGAUUUGUAUUUAGAUUUUGGUUUACCAAAUAAGUCGCCUCGUUCUGCCAGCAUUAUUUUUCAAAUAUCAAUAUAAGCUUCUAUUAUAUAUAUUUAAAUAAAAUAUGCACAUGGUUAUAUUUAAAAUAUGAAAUGUGUUAUCGCGUUAAAUAGGCGACGUAAACAUAUAUAAAUUGAUUUUUUGUAAGGGUCUUUACCACGGUGAUCACCAUUGUUAUUGGAAUUUCAAUCAUCCUAAUUUGUUACUCAUUCACAGAAACCUUCUGAACCUUGAAUAAUCUAUAUACAGACGACGUUUGAGAUUCCCAUGAUCAGAUCUGCUGCAAUUCCGUCUACGAGCCUGUGUUAAUUUUUGCUACUGAUUCUAGUAAAAAAAUAUAAUUUAUUAGAAUCCACUUAAAGACUUGCAUCUGUUUCAAACGCUAUCCACCAACGCACACACAUUGAGUUCAUUAUGCAACAGACGUACGCUAUAUAUAAUUACCAUAAACAAUUAAAUCGCUGUUGUAUAUUGUUUGCUGUACAUGUUAUUUCCAAGAUGAAAAAUACUGUUUCGUCGAAACUAUUUUUGUUGUUGGGUCGACGAAAGUUGGGUAUGAAAACUGCGUUGCUGCAAAAUGUAAUUACAAGCCUCGUGAGGAAAGUACAUAUUUUAUCGAAAUGUCUUUCAUGGGACGUUUAUGAGUAAUCUUCCUUAUGGAAAUGAAUCCAUCACAAUAGCCCCAUGGAUAAUGUAGAAACAUGCAAUGUGUUAGCCGCUUGCGGUGAUUGUUUUGCAAGCUAUGUGUGUGUCGCGCAAGCAGGGACUUACAUUUUUCACUGAAUAUUGCCCGGGUUGCUGGUAGACUUGCGUAGGUGGCACGUGACUAGAAGCCACAGCCAUAGCGAGGAUUAUACUAAAGGUCGCUGAGCCAGACUCGGGUUGAAAUGAAACCCUCACCCUAUGACCAAAUCAACAGGAAUGCGACCGAUCUCAUCACAUCUUGGAAACUAAAUAGGAUUGAGCUUGGAUAAUGCUUUGCUGGGUGACCACCAAACACGAACAAAUUGUUAGAGGCUGCAGGACUACGUUAUGGGCACCAGAGGGCAAUUAAGCAAUUAAGCCCUGCAUCCAUCCAAUUGACUAGAAGAUUAAAUAAAAAUGACUCCAACUUACACGAGGAUGUGUGACGCCGACUGCUCCGUGGGAGGUGCUCGGAGAGGACAGAUUGGUGAGAUACUUGUUGGGAAAGGUAACCAAUACUCCGGGGUGUGGAACCACCACUCGAGGCGGAAGAGAAGAGGCUUUGUCGGGUUGGAAUUGGAAUUUCAAUACUCGACAAUGUGGACCUGCCGGGGGUGUACUGCAGCCUCUGAUCUAACAGCAAUUCCCAACUGCUGCAUCGGUGUUCACCAGCUGUGCUGUUUAGCUCUCUGAUGCGCUUUCUAGUUGUGCCGUGUGCCGCUCAGGCAUGAUGUCCAACGUUUUGCUCCGGUGUCUUGGGAGCUUCUUCGUGACCAGUUUGCUUUUGUUCAGCCACUGAAUGGAGUUCGUUAAGGAGCUCUCAGCACGUGGACCGAAAGGUCAAGACAUCAUAUGCUCAACAACACACGGAACAAACUCGACAACACAGCACAGAGCUGUACGGCAAAACCGCGACAACAUCGGCAGUAGUGAUACACCACUUUGUACUGAUACAUAUUUAAAUAGCUUGUUGGCCAAAGGGAAUCAAAACACCUUAUCGGCUAUAUUCAUUGCAAACAAAAGUCUCAAACAGGGAAGUAUUUUAAUAAAGGACAAUUAAACGUUAGAUAAGGAGGACGCAUUUGCUUCCCUAGGGUUUGUCGACAAAUACCUUAACGAUUGGCCCAUUAAAUGCACACAGAGACCAUAAGGGCAAGAAGAUACAGCACACGUACAUAGUAAGCUACAUCAGUUAUAUUUAAUGAAGGGCGGUCAAGUCCGGACUUUGUAUCAGUCUCAAUACCAAAGUCUCGUGAUGGGAUGAUUGGACCACAGAGAAAGCCUGGAGGCUUCAGUAGUCAAUGAUUUUGCAAAGACUGCCUCUUAUGGCUGAACACAUCCUGAAAUGUUGUUCCUCGACUCCGAUUGUUAACGCAGCCAGCUAUGCGUGCAAGCGCGCCUGUCAGAUUGCAUUUUGCGAAUGCAGACCUUUAACUCGAGCACAACCCCGGCCUCAAAUCAAACUCUAAUUGCCUGUUGUUUAAGCAUAUUACAAAAAAAAAGUGUUGCCUUUUGGCCACGGUUUUUGUUUUAAGAAAAAAAAGGGGCAUUUAUGAAUGCAUCUAAAGGCAAACAGAAGCCAUUUGUUUGAAUGUCAAAUAUUUCCAAUGAACACAUCUCACUUAGCGUGCAAUGCUACAGCAGCUAUCUAUAUUGCUAAAGUAAUAACCAUGGUACUUUACGUGCAAUUUUGGAAAUGCUUCUUAGGUUGUGACGCCAAAAUUACUGGCGAUUUUCUAGUUGUCGCAACAAUUUGAUACGAAGAGCAUUAAUGUGGCUUGGUUGCAGUAUACGCUGUUCUCCUUAACGGAGACCAGGUGACCUGAUACUAAUCCAUCUAUAAGUAGUACACUUGUAUGUAUGUAGAACUUAUUUCGCACUGUACGUAGCCAUACCGUGCUAAGUUUAUAUAUAUACUUAAAUAAUGCAUUGUACCUCUCCGCUGUGUUGUUUUGGCAUUAUGUCCGACGUUUUGAUCCACGUGCUUGGAGCUGCUUCAGGAAUUUAAAUGCAUAACUGUACUGGAAUGCAUUUUUUAUAUAUAUAAUUGGGAUUCGAGUCUCAUUUCCAAUGCCACCACAAGAAGCCAACCUGCAGAAUCACAUUAAAACCGAAUUCUAUUCA